AUGGAAGCCCCAGUCUUUGUGGUCGUGGUGGCCGCCCUUCUUGCCAUGAUCGUGAUGAUGGUGAUGAUGCUCCUCAUGUCCAUGGUGACCCUUGUGUCCGUGGUGGUCCUCGUCGUAAUGAUGUUUGUCAUGAUGACCAUGCUUGCCAUGAUGAUGCUCAUGGUGGCCAUGGUCAGAGUGUCCGCCCUUCUUAUGACCUCCGCCGUGCUUCUCGUGAUGUCCAUGAUGAUGGCCAUGCUUGUGGUGCUUGCCCUCGUGAUGGUCGUCAUCAUAAAAGUGAUGGUCCUUGUGGAAGUGAUCUUUGUGAUAUUUCUUGUGGUAGCCGUCAGUCUUCUCCCCCUUGUCGUGAUGCUUGUGGUGGCCGUGUUUGCCCCCUUUAUGGUGGUGGCCGUGCUCAUGGUGGUGGCCAUGAUGGUCGUGUUCGUCCCAGUGUUUCUUGUGGCCGCCACCAUGUUCGUGGUGAUGUCCCUCGUGAUGAUGCUUGCCAUGGUCACCGUGCUCGCCCUUGUGGUGAUGGUGGUGUCCCUUGUGGCCCUUGUGGCCUUUCUCGCCAUGCUCAUGGUGGUGAUGUGCAUGGUGCUCCUUACCACCACCCUCCUCAUGGUGGCUGGCCUUUCCACUCGCAGCGGCGACGAGGUCUUUCUCCUCCUCCCCGAGCUCCCUAGCGCUUACCGCCACAAGGCAGAAAAGCCCGACGGCCAAGAUCAACUUCAUUUCGGCUGUUGUGGUUGUGUGCCAUUUGGGGGGUCGCUGGCAUCUUUUAUACUCGAUCAGUUUCAGAUGAGGAAAGCGUUCUGCAAUUGUUCGGCGCAACAACUCAGGGACGCCGUCCGUUGCCCGAGCGCUGGAGCGUUACGCGUGGUUUCCAAUAUCUGUUUCUCGUUAAUGAUUGAAUCCAAGUUUACGACAUUU